AAUCCUUCAUUAGUCCUAAUAAUGAAAAUGCACUUGCUAUGGAGGCACUGCUUCUGAGCAAUAACAAAUGUCAUGACUAUUUCCUCCAUUCCUUUAAUCGCCGUUCCCUUUAAACACAUUUUCAGCAUUACUCAGUGUUUCAGGUAAGAGACUGUAAAAAAAGAAGUCUUUUCCAUUUCCAAAGCGAGAUGACGCCCAAAAUGUCUCGUUGCAUAUCAUUUUCUCCUGAGUUAUUGUAGAUUUAUGACACACAAAUUCAACGUAGUUUGUGGAAUGUCGGUUGCUGUUUGAUAAAUGUUUGGGCAGAGAAGGCCUUUCAUCCGGAUCUCUGAGUGCUGCAGGUUUAUCUUGAUUUUCCCGCUGUGUGGAGCGUCUUUCUCUCCGCUCAGUCUCCAUUGGCCGGCGACGUGGACCAAUCGGAGCCUCGAGUGUGGCUUAGCGAGUUGCACGAGCUCAUUACCAUGAGCGGAUCUGACCAAUGGGAGGCUGUGUUUACUCUCCCUGGGUUGCGAGGCACUAGCUGCGCUGGGAAAGAGGAUCACGGCUCGGAGACUCGAGCCUCGACUGAGCGGCCUGAACCGGCGCUUUAGCUCACACAGCCACAAGUGCAGCACUCACAGGAGCAGCUCUCUGGGAUCUAACCUCUCCAGCAGCUCCGCGCUCAAAAUGUGCGGCAUUCUUCACCUGCAUUCACUCUUUCCCUUCUAAUCAUAUUUAUUUAUUGUUAUGCAAGGAUUUUACAUACCAAAAAGAUGAUUGGGGGCGACACCGUAAACCGGAGAGGCGAGACUUUCUCUAAAAGCGACACCGCGAGCGACCGACAAGGAUUAUAAUCUAUGGGUUUGUGUUGAUCAGCUCCGCGCAGCCGCUGGAUCUCGGAUUGAUUGUGCUCGAGCAGUAUGGAGGGGAGGGAGUUCGCUGCUCCGGCUCACCUCCUGUCAGAGCGGGGCGCUCUGGUGCACCGCGCCGCCUCGCGGAUCUCCUCCACCGGCCACGGCUCCGUGCAGCACGCCGGCCCUUUCCCACCCGGAAAAUAUUACCCAUCCCACCUCCCGAUGGCAGCGCACUCAGGCAGCGGACUGAUGGGCAACUCUUCGGCUUCCUUCAUGGGGACUUUUCUGGCCAGCAGUCUGGGCUCUCCUCCCUCACACCCACCUCACCCCUCGAGACCACCAUCCUCUCCUUCUUCUCCUCCCUACCGUGGGGGGCCACACUCCAGCGCCUCCCAAAUCUGGUUCCCACAUUCGCAUGAAGCAGCCCCAGGGUACCCUCGCUUCUCAGGGAGUCUAGCCCACACAUUCCUUCCCAUAAGCCAUUUGGAUCACCAUGCCAACAGUGGCGUCCUCUAUGGGCAGCACCGUUUCUAUGACACCCAAAAAGAGAACUUCUAUCUACGAAGCCUUCCAUCCCAACCCCCGCUCAUCUCAGCAAAUCACGGCAUCCCACCCAUGUCAAGGACAGGGCCAGGGCACCCCCAGGGCUCCUGCAGUAGGGACACAGGAAGUGGGAUGAACUUGCACAAAGGCCUUAAGGAAGCCAGUAUAGACAGAGGAGCGGUCUCAGGCACAAAGGACAAAGAUAGGCCCAGUAGCAAACAGGAGUCAAAAGACCGCCAUCCCCACAAUCACCAUCCACAGCCCCAGCACCAUCACCCCCACCAGCCUCAGCACCACUCUCAGCACCCUAUCACCAUGGAAGAUGUAAAUGGCCGGGCCUUGGAGAGACACAAGGCUUCCGUGCUAAUGGAGUACAAGGACCACACGCAGAGUAUGAAUAAGCCUCUCAGUGCCUGCCUGCUCAACGGGAAGAUUCAGAAUGGAGAUUCUGGGGCUGGAACAGGGGUUGGGGCUGGGGCUGGGUCCAAGGGAUCCAUGGUCAACUGUGGAGCAGAGGGAAUGGGCAGGGGUGCGGGGGGUACAGCAAAUGCGCAAGCCAGGCAUAUGGGCAACACCAAUACUGGGCGCUGCACUAAAGAAGCAGCUAGUGGGGAGAUGAGAAUCAGUGAACAGCCUCAUUCAGAUUGUCUGGAAAGGGGCCAGACACUGCACCAGUCUUUGUCCUACUCUGUGCCUCCUCCUUUGCCCAUGGGUUCAGCAACUGGUGGGGGGCAUCCAACGAGCUUCCACUGUUUACAACUCCACCCAAGCCAUCCACAUCAUCCACAUCACACACAUCACCCGCACCACAGCCACCACUCACACCAUCACCCAGACUUCUUCUGCCCCCCUCCUGCCCCCAUAGCCAAUUCCUCCCUACAUGAAAAAGGCAUUGGCAGUAGUGGAUCACGAGAACCUAAAGUGACUGGACCCACAUUUGUGCCAUCAGUGGGCCACCUGGGAGAGAAAGUUGGAGGCCCCUUCCAGCUCGGAAACCCUGAGUGUCAGGGGGUGGGAGGUGGGGGAAAUGGUUCCAAGGACAAGUCCAUGGAGAAGGCAGGUGGGGGUGGGGGGCAUCCUGGAAGCUGGCACAGGAAACAGCAGGAGCAGCAACAGCAGCAGCAGCAGCAACCACCACCCCAGAAGCAGCAUCCCUAUAGAAAAGCAGAGAAAGCCCCUGACUGGAUGCACAACAAUCAUCAUCACCUACAGCAGCAGCAGGGCCAUGCCCAGCAGCAUCAGGCUGUGCGUUCCCGUAGUGCGGACUGCAUCAACAGCAUGGACCCUGAUGUCUACAGGCCUGCUCUGGCCCAGGAGCCCAAAACUAGCCAUCAAUUAAGCCACCCCAGUAAUGUUAACCCUCAACCCUAUAGAGACUGUUCGCACACUGGACCUCCCCCCAACUCCUCACCCCUUGCUGGAAAGACCAUGGCCCAGCAAGGGCCUGGUGGUGGAGGUGGAAGCUGCUCAAUGCAGCGAGAUGGCCAGAAGGUGGCCCGCAUCCGCCACCAGCAGCAUGGCAGGGCAGGUUCGGAUGCUUCCUCAGCAGAACUGAACCAGACUAGUGGUACUCAAGAGAUGAAGCGUAAGAUGGAAAUGUCUCCAUAUGGCUACAGCAACAGUGGGCAGCACCAUUCACAUCAGCAACCAGGUGUACCACCUUGGGCCAUGCACCCCCACCGUAUCCACCCGGAGGAAGAUCAGCGCAAGGCUUACAUGGAGUCUGUCAGUGGAGUUGCCAAUGGCAGGCAGCAGCCUCAGCAGCAUCAGUUGGCAGGAAUGGGUCCCCCACCUCCUCUCCCAGCCCUCCCUGCUCCUGCACAGACACAGCAGGAGGCUUUGGACUCACAAGGAGAGGGCAGCGCCAUGAAGAACCUUCUCAAAUACAGCAACCAGCAGCAGCCUCUCCUCCUGUCCCAGAAAAGUCCAUUCGGAGGACUGGGAAACCUCAAAACAGGAACCAAUGGCUCCAACUGCACCUUGCAAACAAACAAACCAGCCCUACCUUCCAGGAAAGGCCCAAGCAAUGACAGUGAGCGGCCUGACUGUGGGGGGCGGAGCAGAGACAUGGGAGAGGCACCUCAUGUUGAAGGUGAAGUCCGGCAGCCUCCUGUUGGUAUUGCGGUUGCUGUGGCGCGACAGAGAGAACCGACGUGCCGUCCACCAGACAACCACCCGAGCAGCCGCCAGGGGCGGGCCCACUCUGCUAUGAAAGGUGCUCCACGGUCCAUGUAUCCUUCCGAUUCACCCGGAGAGGAGGAGAGGAAGAGAAUGAGUGGAGAGCACAUUGGUCAUCCAUGCCUGGACAGGGAGCGAGACACAUUUAUCAGUAAGGAAAGGGUAGAAUUUGCACGGAUCCAUCCCUCCAACAGUUGCCAUGGCGACCUCACCUCUCAUAUCAUGGUGCCAGGUGGCAAUUCUCUGCAGUCGGGCCAAUUAGGGGACCCCACUGCACACACCCAUUCCACACAUCACCAUUGGAUGCCACGCACAGGAAGCCCUUCCCUCUGGAUGACAGGCCAUUCCUAUGGUAUCAGCCACACUGCUCUUCACCAGAAUCUUCCCCCGGGUUUCUCUGCAGCCAUGGCUGCUCCACUCCAGCCCGUACUGCCCUUACCCCAGGACCCCUCUGCCCAGUUGGUGGUGUUGCCCAGUGAGCCAGCCUCCCACCCACCCACUCAUCACUUAGAUGUGAUGGAGCAGCCUGGUCUAUGGCCCCCAGUGUACAGGGCCCGAGGGCCACACUCCCACAUGCAGCAUCCUGCUGUGUAUUCUCGCUCCCAGUUUCUACGGCAACAGGAGCUGUAUGCACUCCAACAGCAUCAGCAGCUGCAGCAUCAGCAACAUCCCAGCCAUCAGCAGCCACCUCAGCCACCACAGCAACACAGAGUAGCACACGGCAUAGAGCAGCAGCACAGAAAUAAUCACAACCAGAUGCAGAAGAAGCCAGAGGAGCAGAGUAUGGAGUUGGAGGACAUCUUGUCCGAGCCCCGGACUCCCAAACCUGCCAAGUCUUACGGCUAUGGCGCGUCGAACCAGACCUCUUCGCCACCCAGUGCCUCUGCUGUACACCUGUCGCCCUGCUGCCAGUCGCCCUGCAUGCAUCCUCAUCCGAAAAGCACGGCUUCCACCCCCUGUCCUGCUGCUAGUCCAGCUGCUACCACACCCCAGUCCCCUGCCAUCAGCCCUGCUCCGUCACAACUGCCCAAAGCACUGGAACCCCAGGACAAGAGGGCAGAGGGUCAGCCUCCACAGGACUACCCUCAGUCUAUGGAGCCAGAUCUCCCACCUGAAUACACCUAUCCUGCAAUCACCAUGGGAUAUAGAGGUGGACCCUCCCCUCAGGAUGUACGAUUGGCUGAGCCGGCCGAACUGGAGACUGUUCCAUUGGAGUCUGUUGAGCAUGCACCGACCCCUCUCUCCAGCCUUGGGGAGGGGCUUGAAUGCCAUGCAAUAGUAAGACCCAUCCCAGAGUCCCAGCUGCCAAUGGAAGAAAAGAAUGAGGAAGAUAUAGUGGAAGAACAUGCAGGAGGUGUGUUGGAGCAGAGAGAGGAACCAGACCCAGUGGAGGCUGUGAAUUGCUGUGUGCCUGCAGUGGAGGAGCAAGUGCAGGAGCAGGCCACACUACUCAUAUGCCCUCCUGCUGAAGCUUCAGCCUGUGAAGCAGCACACUGUCCCAUCACUCAAGCAGAAGAACAAGUCCACAAGGAUGACUCUAUAAUGAGCUGCCAGGAGGAGAUGACAGAGGUCAUUCCAGAACAAGAUGAUGAUGGUGUUCCUGAACUGGAAGCUCAAAGAGCCCAGAGAACACCAGAUACAGAGCAUCCAUGUGUUCCAGACAGUCUAGCUGAGCACCAACCAAACAGAACCACUGAGGUAGUGGUGGAAGAAAUAGCAGUGGAAGCUCAGGUGGAGGACUGUGUGCAAAUCCUGUCUGCCCUUCCAUCUCCUGUAGGUGCCACUUCAUGCCCUCAGACCAUUGUGCCAAGCUACUGGAGCCUGGAGCUCCUGAUCGCUGCAGCCUUCUGUGGAGACUGCCCUCCCCCUUCCCCACCCCCUUCCACUCCUCCUCAGGACUGUAGUGGCCAGUUCUACCCCAGCACACAUGGCAUGGAGCUCCUUAGCGAGUUAGCUGACCUGGAGCUCCAACAGAAUCGCCACAGUGCAGGCAACAGUGAAGGAGAAGAGCAGUUAAUUUUCGAUCUCCAGAGCCUAGCUACCUUGGCAGCUGCUCGUGCCCUGGAGUUGGGCUCCAAGGAAAACAGCAUGGCAGAAGCUGAGAAGCAGUAUCCAACCAAGAGGAUCCUCAACCUGCGCCGGAAAUGCAAUUGGACCCCUCGUCAUGAGCCGGUGUGUCCUGUAAAGGGUGCUAUGGAAACUAUGGAUGGUCAAGAGUUGGCCAUGCGGGUGAGGCUAGCAGAGCUGCAACGGCGCUACAAAGAGAAGCAAAAGGAGCUUGCCAAGCUGCAGAGGAAGCACGACCACCAGAAAGAGGAGACUCCUCGAAGUCCUGCGCGCCGCGGCCCUGGCCGACCACGCAAGCGGAAAUCCACCCCAGGCCUAGGGCCUGUGGUCCCCCCUGAACCACAGAAGAAAGUCAAGUCUGCGGGGGCGGUGCUGAGCCUGCUGGCGGACGAGUCGGGAGGAGGAGGAGGAGGAGGAAGUGGCGAUUCGGCGAAGAAGAGGAAGCUGUCAAACCGGGGCUUUGGCCGUCUUGGAGCUGCACAGAUGAAGAUGCAGUGCUGCCAAAAAAGCAGCCUCCACGAACACCAUGUAGGACAGUUGAAACCCAAACCCUCCGGAAACAGGGCCGCCGUUCGUGACCGAGAUAAUUCUGCCUGCAGCUCUGCCGCUGCCCACAUCUACACAUCCCAGAGGAGUCCCAAAACUGAGUCCAGACUGCCCAGCACAGCAGCCAACGAGUCUGAAGGCCAGAGUGACACAGCAGGCAGUGGAGACAGCGGUGCUCAGGACAGCUGGAAGGGCCGUGGGGAGAUGAUGUUGCUGAGAAAGGGUAAGAGGAAGAAUGCGGGAGCUUUAAACCGAGCGUCUGCCCGUCUGCAACAGCCCAGGGCACAGAUCUUGCGGGCCAGGGGACAGGAAGUGAUGGAUGAUGGAGAGACAUCAGCGCUGGAGAGCGAGUCAUCUGAGCAAGAAGAGGAGGAAGAAGAGGGCAGUGAAAACAGCGAUGAAGGACGAACCAUCAAAUCCCAAUCUUCCAGGGAGCUCCCAUCUAGCAACAUUGUCAAAGAUCCCUCCCCUUCCUCUGUCGUUAAACUGGAAGCCAAUCAGAAGGCAAAAAAUAAGAGAGAGCGACAGGAACUCUAUGGCUCGCGGUUUCAUUCUGGUACUGAAGGCGAGGUGAAGGUGAAGAAGAAGGCCCCCUGUAGGCCGGUGCCUGUUACUGCGGCCAAGCCCCCAGGGGUGAGGAGGAGACCAGGUCGACCCAGGCUGCAGGAGAAGCCCUGGACGGGUCACUACCGCAAACCUACAGGCCUCCUGUCCUUCUCCACCACCAGUGAGAGAUUGAGGAGGGCCACACGAAAGAGCUCCAUGCUGCGAGGAGCGGUUAGCAAGAGAAAAAGUUGCUGGUCAGGUGUGGCCCAGUCUCCCCAGAGUGAUGACAAUGACUGCAAAAGGAGGACCAGAUUCAGACAGUCUAAAGGCCGGGCAGUCAGUCGUCUACUUGAGAGCUUUGCGGCAGACGAUGGCUUCCACCUGGGUGAAGACAGCAGCUUUUCUGAUGAAGAUGAGGGGGGCAACUGUUCCUCACACUCCAGGAAUCCUCCGGUUCCUCCAAACUGUGUGCUGACCAAAGAGCUGCUGAUCGAUGGACUCAAGGUUCUCAUCUGUAAAGAGGACGAGCUGUUGUAUGCUGCUCGAGUGAGAACUCUGGAUGUGCCUGACAUCUACAGUAUUGUUAUCGAUGGAGAGAGAGGAAACCGCCCCAGAAUCUACUCCCUGGAGCAGCUCUUGCAGGAAGCGGUUUUGGAUGUGCGUCCUGAAACAGAGGCAGUGCUGACUGAGGGAACGAGAGUCUGUGCCUAUUGGAGCGAGCGCUCACGAUGUCUUUACCCAGGCUACGUCCGCAGGGGUGGCACCAGUGAAGAAGGUAAGCCAGGUGGCGUGAUGGUGGAGUUUGAUGAUGGAGAUCGAGGACGGAUCUCCCUGCACAACAUCCGCCUCCUUCCUCCUGGCUACCAGGUCCAAUGUGCUGAAUUGAGUCCUGUUCUGGUCUCCACUGGUCGAUCAGACAAAGUAUUUUCAGCUCAAGAUGGAAGAAACUCACAAAUUAGUAAAACUUCUGAGAAAACAGCUAGCACGGAGGAAGCCAGAGCCCAGGAGAAACCAGUGAGAAGACCAGGGAGACCUAAAGGUUCGGGGCUGAAGAGGUUUAUCUCAGACAGCGUUGCCAAGAGCUCAACAUCUCCACUUACCUGGCCAUCGGUAGAUGCGCCUAGAAAGAGGGCGCCUGUCAAUCUGUUCCAGCUUAAUGGCUCAGCCCCCAAGAAGGCCUUGAGGAACAAAGAGGCAGACAUGUUUUCUCAUGCUCCAGUCUCCAUGACAACACCAGCCAAAGGUAUCUUCAGUAGCAGCUCCUUCGAGGUGGACUCGUUCAGCAGCAUUGCCAAUGGCUACUCGUCCUUCUGCAGCCAGGCCUCCGGGACACCUCUAGGGGGCAGAAGCAGCCCCUAUGGGCAGAAAAGAAGGUCUGAUGAUUCUGAUGUGCAUCGAGGCAGAAAAAACGAAUUCCUGGUGAAGCUGGAUCAUGAAGGCGUAACAUCUCCCAAGAACAAGAGCAGCAAGGCGCUGCUGUUGCUAGGAGGUUCAGGGUUUGGCUCCAAAAGCAUAGGUGCUCCACCCAGGCCUGAAGCCUAUUCCCACCCUGUCCUGCUGGUGAAGGACAGCAGAAAGGGCAACAGCUCAAGGGCAGAACUCCUUCCCAUCCAGAGAAAGCCCUCCCCAUCUCUGCGAAUGGGUGAAUAUGGAGAUCUAGGCCUAAGUUGCCACAGGGACUGCCACAGCUCUUACUCAGAUGAGGAAGAGGAGGAGGAAGAUCGGAGGAGGAGAAGAGGUGGAGGGUCAUUGUUACCCUCAGCCUCAAGUGGCAUGAGGACAGCUGGUCGCUUCCUCUCACGCCUCUCCGUCUCCUCGUCCUCCUCUGGAUCAUCUAGUUCUUCCAGUUCAGGCUCUCUUUCCAGCUCUAGCCUCUGCUCCUCAGACAAUGACUCCUCCUACAGCUCAGAGGAUGAGGAGAGCUCCACACUACUCCUGCAGAGCUGCCUGACUCCCCACCACUCCCUGCUUCAGCCCCCCAAACCCCCCACGGGACCCCCGCAGCACUCAUUUGUGGCCAAAGCUGUGGCUGUGUCCAAUGCCAAAGGUGGAAAUGCCAAUCACAGUGCUGGCAGCAAGCCCCUGAAGAGAAAAGAAUGCCCUAGUUCACCUUCCAAACCCUCCAAAGACCUGAUCAAGAGGCAAAAGCUGCUGUCUGACCAGGGCAGGCCCAAAGUAUCAUCCUUCCUUCCAGCCAGGCAACUGUGGAGAUGGUCUGGGAGCCCCACCCAGAGACGUGGGCUGAAAGGAAAAGCUCGUAAGCUUUUCUACAAGGCCAUAGUGCGUGGCAGGGACAUGGUGCGGGUAGGAGACUGUGCAGUGUUCCUGUCCGCUGGUCGGCCCCACCUGCCCUACAUUGGCCGCAUCGAAAGCUUCUGGGAGUCCUGGACCAGCAGCAUGGUGGUAAAAGUCAAGUGGUUCUACCAUCCUGAGGAGACCAAACUGGACAAGAGGCACCGUGAUGGCAAGCAUGCCCUGUAUCAGUCGUGCCAUGAAGAUGAGAAUGACGUGCAGACAAUCUCUCAUAAGUGCCAGGUGGUGAGCCGUGAGGAAUACGAGCGCCUCGGUCGUAACAGAAAGCCUGGCAGCAGCCUUCAGGACCUGUACUACCUGGCCGGCACCUACGACCCCACCAGUGGCCAGCUGCUCACUGCAGAUGGGGUGUCCAUCCUCUGCUAGCUCUGGUUCGAGGGUACUACUGAGUCCUGGCCAUGUGGUCCAUCUAGCAGUGGGCUGAGUGUCAAUGAGCAUUUGACAGGAGACCAACCGAAGCAAGAUGGGGUAUAGGAAGGAUCGCAGCUGUGAUUAUUCUGUUUCCAAAAGGACCUGGAGCAUGGUGAGAUGGGAUGCUACGAAGAGCAAACAGCCCACAGUCUCCCAGCCCUGAGCACCUGGUCUCCCAAAGACGAACUGCUACGACAGGCAGUUUGCCCAUGGUCCAGCCUGGGUAAUCGGGGGAUAAGCAUCCUUGAUCUUACAUCUUACGAUUGACUUUUACAAGAACAUACAUUCUAUUUAAGGUCACCAAAGCAGAACUCUUUGUGGGAUUGGAGAAGACGGCUGUCAGGUCGUGAAUUUUGCAGCCAAGUCAGAAACUGAGAUGGAAAUGGUGUGGUGUGCUUGUCACGCACCGUUGUCAUGAUUCCAGGGAUAUUUAAGUACAGAAUAGAUUUAAGUAUAUUAAGUUCAUGUAUAUGUAUAUAUAAGGAAGUAUUUCCUAUCAAGCCAUACACUUCAGUACCUCUUGCCUGUCUUCUUGUUCAGGUGUAUAGUGUACAGGUUGCUCGUGUGAUCGGUUCCUUUCGUUGUUUAUUUUUUGUCGUUGUUGUUUAUAUGUAUAUACAAAAGUUAUUUUAUAUGCGUGAUGUACAGUACAUAUGAGGCUUAUCGUCCCAUGCUUCGAUUGAUUUAUUUUUCUAUGAGCGAUAAAUAUCAACAGGAGAGAUGAACUGAACAUGUAUGCGUUGCACUGCACAUUGCCUGCUGAGACAGAAAGAGAAGAGGCUAUAUGAAUUUCAGUCAUUGUUAAUGGCUGAAUCCUGGGCAUUUAUUGUUUUUUUUUUUUUGUUGUUGUUGUUGUUUUGUUUUGCUCUGUUAAUUUCUUUAUUUUUUUAUGGGUUUUUCUCCCCAAUUCAGAAAGUUUUAAUAUAAAAGGAAGGAUAAAAUUAAUUUCUGAAAACGUCCUUCUGAAUUAUUUAAAUCACCAAUGGAAGAUGGAAAAGGAAAAUAUAGGGGAACCGAUUAUGGAAGUUAGGGGGACUGCAAAGGUAUAUAAUACCUGAAAAAACAAUGUAAUGCACACCCUUCUGCAAUCGACUUGUUUCUUAAUGUCUUGCACUGCUUAUGUCCUGUUUUGCUCGUUGACAAUGUUUUUCAACUGUCUACCCAUCAGUCAGUGGUUGCUGUCUAUUGACGGAGUCUUGCCAAGGCCAGGACAUUGAGAAAUGAAGAAAUAGCAAUGCGCCAAGCACAGCGACAGCUACAAGAGCCUUCGGAGGUGUUUGUGUGUUACUACAUGCUAGCUUGUAGUCUUUAGGGACAAUCAUGUUCAAUAGAGCGCAAGCAUAGACUGUUUGACAGGCUCACGCAAUCACAAGAUCCCUUGUUCACUUUCUUUUUGUGCCAAAAACAUCUUGUCGUUUUGAUUAUGCAAUCUUCACUGUAUUCUGUGAGUGUUAUUAUUAUUUGUGUUAUUUUUAUCAUCUUAUUUAUUGUCAGUGUUGCUGUUUUAUCCCAAAAAAAUAACAAAAAAAACACUAGGUUUGAAUGAAAAUGUGAUGGCGCUUAUUUCUGUUUGUGCUAAUCAUAGUCUGUUCGACCCCGCGUGCAGUGGUCUAGCAGAGGGUGCUUGUACAGAGAGAUAAGAACACUGGACUUGUGUGCUGGUAUGGUAUGUGCCUUGAAGUAUAGUUAGACCCUCACCUUCUGGCCCCUAUUAACAACUUCUGUGGUCCUGCAGGUGAAGUGACAUCAUUCGCUGACCCCUUCACUCUCUCACCAUUUACCCUUUUCCUCUGUGCUUUACAAAUGGACAUUCGAAACAUCCUUCUCACGAUUAUGCAGCCUAUUCAUUCUACUCCCACAGAAAAAGCAGAAAGAAAAGACAGGCUCUUUUCAAGAGGUUGCAGGUCAUGAAUCUGGAAUUUAAAGUAAUGGUUUGGUGAAAAAAAAUUAAUCUCUGACUUAAAUCACAAAAAUGUCCACUUACGCCAGAUGCAGUCUGUCAGGCAAGACAUUAGGUGUCCAAAUUUUACUUGUUUAGUUUAGAGCUGAAGCUACGAGACUGUUGUUGCUAACAAACACUAGAAGUCAAUAGUCACCCAAAUCUUUUCUGUGAAAACAUCCCCAAAACAUCUCUCGACCUACUCAAACCACGUCAAGGUGAGGUCACUGAGGUCACGCAGACUUGAUGUUGAUGUUGUUUAGGGUACAGUAUGACUCUUAACAAUAAAAAUUAACACAAAAACCUCAGUGUCACUGAUCAGUGUGGUCAGUCAGUUUAAACAACUGGAGCCGUAUUAUAGCAACAGCUUAACUCUGAAAUCUCAUGUGUUUAGUUUCCAUGACAACUUCAGUUAGGACAGAAUAACAGUUCCAAACUUCAUAAUCUUUUUCUACCUCCAUAUAAGAAAAGAAUACUACAGAAGCAUCCUAUCCAUACAUUUCCUAAAUACUGUUCUGACUUCAGGACAACCUCGGUCGUGUUCUUCUUUAUUAUUCUGCAUAUACCGUCUUCACCAUUUUAUUGAAAAGAGAAUUGUUAGUGUGUAGCUAACACAUGGCUUGCAUGCCAGAUAAAGCUUUUGUAAAUGGAAACUGGGGCAGUCUACCAGUUUCAGUACACUUUAGGUUUAUUUUGACCUACAGUAGCUAGCUAACUAAUGUCUUUUUUUAUAUGAUUUUAAAUUGUAUUUACAUUUCUGCUGUUCAGCUAUCGUAGAUCGCUACAUAACAGUCAUACAUGAUUUUUGACUGUGACUGAAUAGCUGAAGAUUUCCUGACUUCAAUUUGUGAAAAAGACUUUGUCAUCUUAACUUGGGAUUAAAGAUAGUUUCUGUAAUAUGGCUGCUCCUGCUCAAAAUGGCUGCUUGCUGUGUUUAGGUAGACAGUGAAGUUUUGUUCAAUUUUAUAGUUCACAGUAAGUCAUCUUCUGUUCUAAACCACGUCAAGAUAUCUGAGAGACCAAUAAAGACCUGGACGUGAUUUGAACAGAUUGAGAGAAGUUUUGGGGCUGUAUUUAUGGAAAAAAUUUGAAUGACUGUUUACUUAGUGUUAGCAACGUUAGCCUCGAAGCUCCAGCGCCAGACCAUAGAAGAAACAUUUGAACACCAGACAUGUCUUGGCUGAUCAUUGUGUAAAACCAAUUUUUCGCUGAACUUUUUCAUUAAUUGGACCAUUAAUUUUCACAAACUAGCAGUAAGAUUCCACAUUACGUAAAUAAGUUUGAACUUGACGCAAGGCUCAUAAGUUAUUUAUAAAACUCUGUGUGGAACACAUAAAAUCUUGAAUUUAUAAGAUAAGUGUGUGCGCAUGUGUGUAUGUUCUCGUCACAACUUUGCCUUUUGUUUUACUGUCUUGAUAAAGGAGGGCACUGGAUUGAGUAAAAUGAAUGUACUUAGUAGAGGUUAAGCAGGAAUAUCCUCUGAAGAUCUGUCUAAAAGGCACAAACUUCUGACCUUUUAUCAUGAACUCAAGGUUCUAUUGAUUACAGUCUCUCGUGAAGCUAAUAAAAAGCAAAAAAAACUUGAUUAUUGCUCUAUACAGAAGGUCAGUGUGUCUCUUGUUUUUAAAGAACAAAAAUUAGAGAUGCUGAAAUUGGCUUGCCUGAGAGGUCGGUCAGCUGACAUAAUUUAAUUAUUUAAGAGCAAGUCACUUGCCCAUGGCAAAAGUGCAAUACUACUUUGACUAACAUUUGAAUGGCGUACAGCAAUUGUGGCGCUUCGAGCAAAGGCUGAUGGGUGACAGGAACAGGGAAGACGCAGGAACGUCUGUCCUACAAAGCCGCUUUCUUUACAUUUCUGUUUCGAUUUGUACAUGGGAAAAGACAUCAAAUCUGUACCUAAUGUUCUGCCUGUCAUUGCGUUUCUUUGUUAAUAUGGAGAUGUUUUUAAAGCGUAAUUAAGUAUUUUCUUUAUGGUCGUUCAUUUUGUCAGCGUUUUUAGUUUUUGCUUUGUUUUCUUUCUCUGUGAUAAAUUGUUGUAAAGAUUGUAAAUGUGUAAAGUAAGGUCUGGUUUUGGGGGUAAACAUUUUACAAAAGAACACUUUAUGAGUAUCAAACUGUAAACGUGCUUUAGUAUUAAGAUUUUUUUAUAGAGGGCCUAUGAAUAAAUAUCACACUCAAAGAUC